AUUCAUUUCUAUUGCGCCAUGGCAGAACUCCAAGAAUACCUCUUUUUUAAAAUUAAAGUAUAUUUGAUUUACAAUGUUGUGCCAAUUUCUGCUGUACAGCAAAGUGACCCAGUCAUACACACAUAUACAUUCUUUUUCUCGUAUUAUCUUCCAUCAUGUUCUAUCCCAAGAGACUGGAUAUGGUUCCCUGGGUUGUACAGCAGUAGAGUGGUACUCAUCUUAUCUGCCUAUUAUCAGUUUUUUUCCCAGUGUGCCUUGGGGACCAUUACCUGCAAUGCAAGUCCACACACACCUCUGCUUUAGUGGUGGCCAAAUCUAGCUCAGGAUUUUCCUGACCUCGUCUGAUCCCACCGAGAUUUCAAGGCAUUUCAUCUGAGAAAUCCUCUUAUCUCUUCAAGUUUAAUACGCCUAAAGCCAAAUGUAUGACUUCUCCUGAUAAUGACAUUGUAAUUCUCCUAACCCUUGAAACUUGACCCAUGUCCAAAGUAACAUGUCGGCGUUAAGUACCAGACACAAGAGUUAUCACCUUCUAAAUGCUCUUGAGGUUGUUUCAGAAUUUCACUUUCCAUCCUGUCCAAGCUCAUUGCUACUACUCUUGUGCAAGAUUUUGUUCCUUCGUGUCUGAAUUACCAAAGGAGAAUUUCUUUUUCUUUUUUUUUUUGUUGGUCUUUUUGCCUUUUCUUGAGCCGAUCCCGCGGCAUAUGGAGGUUCCCAGGCUAGGGGUCGAAUCGGAGCUGUAGCCGCCGGCCUAUGCCAGAGCCACAGCAACGGGGGAUCCGAGCCGCGUCUGCAACCUACACCACAGCUCACAGCCCAAAAGAGAAUUUCUAAUCAUCUCCUUCACAGAACUCUUCCAGUCUCCCUCUCAGCAAGCAGAUCAAUUUCAGGUUGAUCUUCUUUUAGGAAGAAUCUCAAUGAUGCCUCAAUGAGGAACUGCUGUCUCCUCCCUUUGAUCUGUGGGUAUUAGGUUUAGAGACUUUCCACAGUUGAAUUCCAUUCAUCUCUCUAAAAUAAUAUGCAUUUCAUUAGUUUAUUCCACAUGUCCAUCCUAUACUCAUCCUCAGCCUUUAGAUUUUGCUUAUGAUUUUUUCCUAAUGGAGUACUUUCUGAAUUCUUUAUUAUCAAAUUAGAUCUUACCCUGCUCAAAGGCCCAGCUCAAAUCCAGCUGAGGUUAGACCAUCAGUCCUUUUUUAAAAAAAUUAAUCUGGUCAUUAUAAACUAAAUAAUAGAGACAUGCACAUUUGAAAAUUAUGUAAAUGGAUUUAUGUGUAACUUCUCUCACAUUACUCUCAUUUAAGUAUCUUAUUUGUGCUUUUCCUAUAAAGAAUGCACAGUGAGUAGGCUUUUCCCCUCUAUAAACUAGAAUAAUAACCAUCUGACUUUGAGGGUGAGGAGAUGUUAUUUUCCUAUUGUGCUGCUCAGGUUGGCAUAACCCAGCUGUACAGGAACUAUUGGAAUGUAACGUGAAGUUAUUUUAUGCUUUAUACUUUCUUGGCACAUGUUAGGAAUUGUUUAAUCUGUGCCGAAGAUUAACUAUCUCUUUAUUGAAAACUUGAGUUUCUGUUUUGCUUGUUUCUGUCUGUUUGGAGGUUUUGUUGUUGUUCUUGGUUUUUUUUUUUUUUUUUUUUUUUGCUUUGUUUUCUCUUUGGGUAGUUUUGUUUUUGGUUUUGAGUUUUGUUGCUUUCUUUCUUUCCUUUUUUGGUUUCUAAAACACAGAUUGCUCUAGCACUGUUAGUGAAUUAAUCAUGAGGCCCAGGUUUCUUUUCUUCUAGAAGGCAGGAGUUUAGGGUCGCUUUGGUGGAGUUCAUUUUUCCUGUCUGUUUCCCCACAUUUCUCUUUCCUGAGUUGCUGUCAUAAAAGGCCUACCUUUUCUGUUUUCAUAUGUGCCUGCCUGCAAGCUAUAUUUACCACCCCCACAGAAGCAUCAUCUUCCUGAUUUAUGUCUAUAACUUUUGCUUUUAAAUAAACUGGACAAUUGGGACAGUGGUCUAUGCCUUAGAGAAAGAUUGUCCUCUUUCUUAGACCAAGUGACCCAUUGUUAGGACAGCAUUUUCUGAAGUGCUUCCCAUAAAACUGCUCUAGGAUAAAAAUAGAGCUUAUUAUGGGGAAAAGAUGGAAGGAUUUCCAAGGUCAAUAAAAAGUGGCACGAACAAAAAGAAACAGGCUUUCGUGAUACAGGACUUCUCAGUAUGUUUGGCAGGAUGUCACAGGCACUUGCCGGGUCCCACUCUGAGCAGCUAUGAUGUGAACUGUGCCUCUGGGAGGAGUCCAGUGACAUGACUCCAGAGGAGACCGGAGCGGUGUUCCGGAAGUAUCUGGCAUGAGGCUCUUUUUCUUUAAAAAGUGUCUUUCAGAGAUAGUGUUUAAUGGAAAACACCAUAUCAAACCUCAGCCUGGGUGGGCUGUUUCAAAUCUUGUCAACAAGGGAAAUUUGGAGCUUUGCUCGAGUUUAACCUCCACGUUAGCUCAGAAGUGCUCAAAAUACCCUGUUUACAAAGUACAUGCGUUGGAGAUGCCAUGUUAGUCCUUUGGGGAGACCAUGCUGGGGAAACUUACUUCCUACGUAGAGACGCCUAUUUUCUUAUUUUAUUACUCUCAUUUUCUCUUUUAUAACACUCAGUAUUUCAGCUUAGAGGAGGACCCUCACAGUAUUGACCUUACCUCUGCGGAGGAGGAUUUUAUUCAGCUGGUGCUGUAAGCCUGAAGGAGCGACCCUCUGGGCCUGGACCUGACCUCUAAUGAUAGAGCACUAAUUGGUUACUGAUGGUUCACUGAGAGGGGGAAGGUCAGACUGACUCUUCAAAUGUUGUUAAAACCACACACUGGACUCAGCUGCUCCAGUGGUGAAUCACUGAUGCUCCAGGUGAAACAGUUGCUGGGGUAACGUGGACCAGAACAGGAAGCAGAGAGGGCGGAGCUCGUCUCCUCUUCCUCUCAGCCUCCAUCUUCAUCUCUGGUACCUCCUGUUGGCAGAGCCUGCACGGGCACUAGAUGGCAAAGCAGAAUUGCAGGGAGAAGUUUCUGCUCCAGCAUCACAGAGUUUAGAAGGGUAGGACUGGAGUCGAAGGGCAGUUCAAAAACUGGCAGAGUACCCGGAAUCUGUAUCAGAACAGGUUCUUAGGCCUGGCCGCCAUGGCGUCUCCAUCCAGAAGCUCCCAGAACCGACGUCGGUGCAAGGAGCCCCUGCGCCACAGCUACAACCCAGGCCAAUUCCACAGCAUGGCCAUCAGGACCGGCCCCCAUGGCGCCGUCACCAUUCCCCGCUCCACCAGCGACACGGACCUGGUCACCUCGGACAGCCGCUCCACGCUCAUGGUCAGCAGCUCCUACUACUCCAUAGGACACUCGCAGGACCUGGUGAUCCACUGGGACAUAAAGGAGGAAGUGGAUGCCGGGGACUGGAUCGGCAUGUACCUUAUCGAUGAGGUCUUAUCAGAAAACUUUCUGGACUAUAAGAACCGUGGAGUCAAUGGUUCUCAUCGGGGUCAGAUCAUCUGGAAGAUUGAUGCCAGCUCUUACUUUGUGGAACCCGAAACUAAGAUCUGCUUCAAAUACUAUCACGGAGUAAGUGGAGCCCUGCGAGCCACCACCCCCAGUGUCACCGUCAAAAACUCAGCAGCUCCUAUUUUUAAAAGCAUUGGCUCUGAUGAGACCGUGCAAGGGCAAGGAAGUCGGAGGCUGAUCAGCUUUUCUCUCUCAGAUUUCCAGGCCAUGGGGUUGAAGAAAGGGAUGUUUUUCAACCCAGACCCUUACCUGAAGAUUUCCAUUCAGCCUGGGAAGCACAGCAUCUUCCCCGCCCUCCCCCACCAUGGGCAGGAGAGGCGGUCCAAGAUCGUAGGCAACACCGUGAACCCCAUCUGGCAGGCGGAGCAAUUCAGCUUUGUGUCCUUGCCCACUGAUGUGCUGGAAAUUGAGGUGAAGGACAAGUUUGCCAAGAGCCGCCCCAUCAUCAAGCGCUUCUUGGGAAAGCUGUCGAUGCCCGUUCAGAGACUCCUGGAAAGACAUGCCAUAGGGGAUAGGGUGGUCAGCUACACACUUGGCCGCAGGCUUCCAACAGAUCACGUGAGUGGACAGCUGCAAUUCCGAUUUGAGAUCACGUCCUCCAUCCACCCAGAUGAUGAGGAGAUUUCCGUAAGCACAGAACCUGAGUCCGCAGAAAUUCAGGACAGCCCCAUGAACAGCCUGGUGGCCAGCAGCGGCCCUGCGGAGCCUCACCAUGCACCAGAGCCCUCCAGGACCCCAAAGCCAGAGCAGCUGAGCCAGGGCAGCGCCGCGGACACCGCAGAGAACGAGAACCUGGAGCUUGCCAAUCCGGUUGAGGCAGCUGAAGGUACCACCGAGGCUGGAGAUGAUGGCACGGUCUCUGUAGGGCCUGAGGGGGCUGGGGAACUUCUGGCCCCUGGGCCAGAGGACGCAGAGCCCGCCUUGAGUGCGGAAGAACUGGCCGAGCGGCUGGACCUGGGAGGGGAGGCGGCCCUACCUGGGCUGCUGGAGGACGGCCAAGCCCCAGGCAGCCCCGGGGAGCCAGUGGCCGAGGAAUCGGCCCCAGAGAGCUGGGCCGGGGGGCAGGAGGAGGAGAAGGAGCAGGCGCAGGAGGAGGAGGGGGACGUUGCCGCCUUGGGGCAGGGGGAGAACAGGCUGCAGCUGCGGGCCUCGGUGAAGAGGAAAAGCAGGCCGUGCUCUCUGCCCGUGUCCGAGCUGGAGACAGUGAUCGCAUCCACCUGCGGGGAACCGGAGACGCCGCGGACCCACUACAUCCGCAUCCACACGCUCCUGCACAGCCUGCCCUCUGCCCAGGGCGGCAGCGCGGACGACGAGGGCGCGGAGGAGGAGGCUACCCUCAAGGACGCCUCGGAGAAGGAUGCGCUCAGCGAAGUGGACACGAUCGCCGCCGAGCCUCCUCCCCUGGAAGAGGAUGGCGAGGAACCCGAGGGGGCCACUCCAGGUACGGGGCCCCCCGGCCACACGGGCUUGGCCAACGGCUCGGUCCCAGAUGGCGACACGCUCCCCAGCACCGGGAGUGAGAGCGACUCCAGCCCGCGGCAGGGCGGGGACCACAGCUGCGAGGGCUGCGACGGGUCCUGCUGCAGCCCAUCCUGCUACAGCUCCUCGUGCUACAGCACAUCCUGCUACAGCAGCUCCUGCUACAGCGCCUCCUGCUACAGCCCCUCCUGCUACAACGGCAGCAGGUUCGCCAGCCACACCCGCUUCUCCUCCGUGGACAGCGCCAAGAUCUCCGAGAGCACGGUCUUCUCCUCGCAGGAUGACGAGGAGGAGGAGAACAGCGCCUUCGAGUCGGUGCCCGACUCGGUGCAGAGCCCGGAGCUGGACCCGGAGUCGGCGAACGGCGCGGGGCCGUGGCAAGAGGAGCUGGCCGCCCCCACUGGGAGCGUAGCCAGAACGGUGGAAGGUCUGGAGUCCCCUGUGGCAGGGCCGAGCCAUCGGAGAGAAGGUGAAAGUCCUAGACUCCAUAAUCCCCAGCCAGUAAGCCAGCUUCCUUCCUUGAGGCCUGAACACCAUCACUACCCAACAAUCGAUGAGCCUCUUCCUCCAAACUGGGAAGCUCGCAUUGACAGUCACGGGCGGGUCUUUUAUGUGGACCACGUGAACCGCACAACCACCUGGCAGCGCCCCACAGCGGCAGCCACCCCGGACGGCAUGCGGAGAUCUGGAUCCAUCCAGCAGAUGGAGCAACUCAACAGGCGGUAUCAAAAUAUUCAGCGGACCAUCGCUACCGAGAGGCCUGAAGAGGAUUCUGGCAGCCAAAGUUGUGAGCAAGUCCCGGCAGGAGGCAGCGGAGGAGGUGGUGGGAGCGACUCCGAGGCUGAAUCCUCCCAGUCAAGCUUAGAUCUAAGGAGAGACGGGUCACUUUCUCCAGUGAACUCACAAAAAAUCACCUUGCUGCUACAGUCCCCAGCGGUCAAGUUCAUCACCAACCCUGAGUUCUUCACCGUCCUGCAUGCCAAUUAUAGUGCCUACCGAGUCUUCACCAGUAGCACCUGCUUAAAGCACAUGAUCCUGAAGGUCCGGCGGGAUGCGCGCAACUUCGAACGCUACCAGCACAACCGGGACUUGGUCAAUUUCAUCAACAUGUUUGCGGACACGCGGCUGGAAUUGCCCCGGGGCUGGGAGAUCAAAACGGACCAGCAGGGAAAGUCUUUCUUCGUGGACCACAACAGCCGAGCUACCACUUUCAUUGACCCCCGAAUCCCUCUUCAGAACGGUCGCCUUCCCAACCAUCUGACACAUCGACAGCACCUCCAGAGGCUCCGAAGUUACAGCGCCGGAGAGGCCUCAGAAGUCUCUAGAAACAGAGGAGCCUCUUUACUGGCCAGGCCAGGACACAGCUUAGUAGCUGCAAUUCGAAGCCAACAUCAACAUGAACCAUUGCCACUGGCAUAUAAUGACAAGAUUGUGGCAUUUCUUCGCCAGCCAAAUAUUUUUGAAAUGCUGCAAGAGCGUCAGCCAAGCUUGGCAAGAAACCAUGCACUCAGGGAGAAAAUCCAUUACAUUCGGACUGAGGGGAAUCAUGGGCUUGAAAAGCUGUCCUGUGAUGCAGAUCUGGUCAUUUUGCUGAGUCUCUUUGAAGAAGAAAUUAUGUCCUACGUUCCCCUGCAGGCUGCCUUCCACCCUGGGUACAGCUUCUCUCCUCGCUGUUCCCCCUGCUCCUCCCCUCAGAACUCCCCAGGUUUACAGAGAGCCAGCGCAAGAGCCCCUUCACCCUACAGGAGAGACUUUGAGGCCAAGCUCCGCAAUUUCUACCGAAAACUGGAAGCCAAAGGAUUUGGUCAGGGUCCGGGGAAAAUUAAGCUCAUCAUUCGUCGAGAUCACCUGUUGGAGGGAACCUUCAAUCAGGUGAUGGCCUAUUCCCGGAAGGAGCUCCAGCGAAGCAAGCUCUACAUCACCUUUGUUGGAGAGGAGGGCCUGGACUACAGUGGUCCUUCGCGAGAGUUCUUCUUCCUUUUGUCUCAGGAGCUCUUCAACCCUUACUAUGGACUCUUUGAGUACUCCGCCAAUGACACCUACACCGUGCAGAUCAGCCCCAUGUCUGCCUUUGUGGAAAACCAUCUUGAAUGGUUCAGGUUUAGUGGCCGAAUCCUAGGCCUGGCUCUGAUCCAUCAGUACCUUCUGGACGCUUUCUUCACAAGGCCCUUCUACAAGGCACUCCUGAGACUGCCCUGCGACUUGAGUGACCUGGAGUACCUGGAUGAGGAAUUCCACCAGAGCUUGCAGUGGAUGAAGGACCACAACAUCACAGACAUCCUCGACCUCACGUUCACGGUCAACGAAGAAGUUUUUGGACAGGUAACAGAGAGGGAGUUAAAAUCCGGAGGAGCCAACACGCAGGUGACAGAGAAGAACAAGAAAGAGUACAUCGAGAGGAUGGUGCGGUGGCGCGUGGAGCGCGGCGUGGUGCAGCAGACCGAGGCCCUGGUGCGGGGCUUCUACGAGGUGGUGGACUCGAGGCUGGUCUCCGUGUUCGAUGCCAGGGAGCUGGAGCUAGUGAUUGCUGGCACAGCGGAGAUCGACCUGGCGGACUGGCGGAACAACGCGGAGUACAGGGGAGGUUAUCACGAUGGGCAUCUUGUGAUCCGCUGGUUCUGGGCCGCCGUGGAGCGUUUCAACAAUGAGCAGAGACUCCGAUUACUGCAGUUCGUCACAGGAACAUCGAGUGUGCCCUACGAAGGCUUUGCAGCCCUUCGAGGAAGCAACGGGCUUCGGCGUUUCUGCAUAGAGAAAUGGGGGAAAAUCACGUCUCUCCCCAGGGCACACACGUGCUUCAAUCGACUGGACCUUCCACCGUAUCCCUCAUACUCCAUGUUGUAUGAAAAGCUGUUAACGGCAGUCGAAGAAACCAGCACCUUUGGACUUGAAUGAGGAACUGGAAACGCGUCUGACAUGUUCCCAGCCAGUGGCGUCACCCUUCUUCCCCUGUCCCUGAACCAACUCUCCUUUGGUUUUGGUAUCCCAUGAUUUUCGUUUUCAAACCAAAUCAGGAUUGACGAGCUGUGCAUGAAGAACUGCCUUCUUCUAAGAUCUAACCUCCAGGCUCAUGUCCUCCACUUCCAAUGAACUGCUAGCCUGUAUGCAAUAUUAAAAAAAAACAGCAGCUGUCUCAAGGUCUGUGUAUAUCUCCACAUACCUCCAUUACUAACAAUGAAAUAUGAAUGCAAGUUAUGCUACACUUGACCAAAUGGUAAUAAAUGUUUACUUCCAUUUCUAUGAUUUAAGGGGAAAUUUUGAGCAUUAAGCAUUCCAAGCUUUUAUACGCCCAUGUCUCCUGAGCAGAGCUACCUUUUCUGUUGUUGUUGUUAUAAUUUCUAACAAACUAACUUCAGAAUAGGAGGCGACUAACUCUUUUUGUUCCUCCCACUCUACUUGUUCCUGUGCAUCCUCUCCACCCCAAAACAGCAGGGGCAACACUGAAAUUUUUAUACAUUCAACUCACAAUCCAUAUGUGGCAUCAGUCCCAUCAGCUGGAACUAGCCUAGACAUUGGUGCAAAAUCACACUUUCCAAUAAAUAAUAACAGCAAGAAAAACACCACCUGCUGAUGCAACACGGUGCGUCCCAGUGGUUGUGGGGUUUGUGGUUUGACUUGAGGUCAGAGAAGUCUGGGGAGGGGGCACAACCCCCCCCCAUGAACACUCACCACCCAAGAAGCACAAACUUGUGCACAAGUCCAAGGAGGAGACCUCAUUCUGUAGCAUAAACAACAAGGCGUCUACCCCCAUUGUGUGGCAUAGAACAUCUUGAAGCAAACAGGAGAGAGGGGAUGAGGACAUUAGGACAUCCUAGAAGGACAUACUAGCUUGGUUGGAAUACCUGAGCUCUGUACUCUUUUUUUUCUUUUUCCUUUGUUCAGUCUAGCCUCAGAUCUCCUUCCCAAGAGGGGGAAAUGUAUAGAUAAGCUUCUGACUUUUGUUCAAGUCAAGUAACUACUUGUCUGGCAGACAGACUUUUAUUUCACCUUUGAUAUUGUGUUUAUUUGUUCAUGGUGUCUUUUUUUUUUUCCCGCCAUCACAGUGUUCAAAUUCCUUCUCAUCUCACUAUCCACAGGGGCCCCACUAAAUUCGAAGCUGCUCAGAGCGAUGGUGCUUGUUAGGGAUCAAGGGCAAUAUAAUACUUCUUCCUCCAGAGCAAUCUUCCUGGAGCAAAGACCUAACCCCCCAAAGGCACGCUGAUGUGUGUCAAAAUAGGGACCCAGUUCCUCUUAGCAUUCAGUAAAGGGAUAGCUCAGAAAACGUGGUGUUUUCGGAACAACGGUUGCAGGCUCCAAAGACAGCCUGACCUCUCGAUUGCAUUCGGAAGAAACCCCAACAGAAUGGUCAUUGGCUAUUUUUCUAACCUUGUUAUCCAUGUCGUCUGAAAUAUGUCAUAAAUGAAAGUGUUGUUCUUCACCGGGAAAAGAAAUGUUGAAAUGUCCCAUUGUUGUCCUUCGAUACAUUAAGCAAGGGAGAAACACGAGAAAUGAGGAACAAAGUUAAUUUCAUCCAGAGCCAUGUCUUGUGCUCAUGUUGGUUCGUGUCCGGACUGUGUAUGAACUGUGUUCCCUGCACUCCACAAGCAAACGUUCCUUUAGCAGAAAUUAUUUACACUGCUGCCGUGUACCUGUUCUCAAUCAGGAAAUAUUGUAUGUUAGAGAAGUCUGGCCUUCCGUUGUUGUCAAAAAAGAAUAUUUAUCAAGGACUUCCCAUAGUGGCUCAGUGGGUCAAGAACCCAAAACUGUCUCCAAGGAUGCAGGUUCUAUCCCUGACCUCACUUAGUGGAUUACAGAUCCGGCAUUGCCACAAGCUUUGGGGGUAGGUUGCAGAUGCAGCUCAGAUCUGGUGUUGCUGUGGCUGUGGCAUCUAGCCUGGGAACUUCCAUAAGCCGCAGGUGUGGCCUUAAAAAGAAAAAAAGAUGAUUUACCAAGAUAGGAUGAUGGCAUGUGUAAGUUACAUAAAGCAGAAUUGGAGGGAUCUGUGAAAUUCAGGACACAUUUCAGCAUCUGAAAGUUAUGGAUUCCAGGGGCGUAUUGUUUAUGAAAUCAGGACAGAGGGAUGGUGUCAGUCACUUUGCCGUGUCCUUUAGAAAACAGCAUCUCUAAACAGGGGGCACCUUCCACUUUCAGAACUUGGUCUUAGAUAUGCGGAAAUACUCAUCACCUCCAGGGUUCAGUUCCCUUUUGUUAGUAGACAUGGGCAAGGGGGAAGCUGCUCAGAAGAUGGCACCUUCUCCAGGGAAGCCUCACAUGUACACAGGUAGCUAAUUAAUCUAGUCAUUAAAUUAAUUGAGGUCUGUUCUACCCACAUACAGGAGGAACAAGGUAUCCUAGAAGUUAUAUAUAGAUUAAAAACUUGGGCAUAGAUGGCUUUCAACUACCUUUUUCUUAUUCCUGCUGCGCCCUCCCCCAUGCCAUGGCUCGGAUGUAUCCCACAGCACUACAGGAACAGUAUUUCUUUUUUUUUUUUUCUUUUUUGUCUUUUUGCUAUUUCUUGGGCCGCUCCCGCGGCAUAUGGAGGUUCCCAGGCUAGGGGUCAAAUCGGAGCUGUAACCACCGGCCUACACCAGAGCCACAGCAACGCGGGAUCCGAGCCGCGUCUGCAACCUACACCGCAGCUCACGGCAACACCAGAUCGUUAACCCACUGAGCAAGGGCAGGGAUGGAACCCGCAACCUCAUGGUUCCUAGUCGGAUUCGUUAACCACUGCGCCACGACGGGAACUCCAGGAACAGUAUUUCUUAAAAGCAUAAAAUUGCAGAAAAAAACACGGGUGUCAGAGUCAGCUGAAAGAAACAAAGUAUUGCUUAACAGGGUCCCAGUUUCCAGUAUAGCCUUGCACAGAAUCCCUCAGGAAGGAGAACAGACGCGGACAGGCAGUUGUUAAGGAAGAAUCUUUAUUUCUCUUUGUCCCAGAUGGUGUUUCUUUAGUUACUGUUCCUUCAUACAUGAAGCCAAUUUCUAAAUUAUGUAUAACAUAAUUUUACACAUAUAUAUAGCAUAUAUAUGAUAUAUAUAGCAUAUAUAUAACAUGUAUAUGAUAUAUGUAUAACAUAUACAGAUAUAGAUAUAGAGAGAGAUAACAAAACAGCUAUAGGACUCAGUCAUGCUAUUAAUUUCACCAGGUGGAGGUACACACCACCCCAAAUCAUGUCAUUCAUAAUAGGCAAGAUAGACCUCACCCACCUGUUACCACAUGUAAUUUAUUUUUAAAAUAUUUAGUUUUCUCCACGGAGGUAUAAUAUGAAAUUAAUCACUUAUAAGCCACCAUUUCCCUAAUAGGAGAUCUCUCAGCUCUGGUUUUAGGCAGAGCGUAUUACCUUUAAUUUGGGGGACAAAUUAAGAACAAGACAAAAGAGAAAACAUGUUUUAAUUUGGAAAAUGUUACAGAAAUACGACGAAGUAUGAUAAUAAUCCCACGACCAGCCUCUUUCAUUCUAUAUGACGAUGAUAAUCCUAAAAAUAGAAAUUGACUCUUCAGAAUAAGAAGUGCUGUAAAGGCUACAGAGUCAUUUGUAAUUUCUGUGUCUAUGCGUUGACCGUGGUUGUGAAAUUUUGUUACUACAUCGCGCUGGUAGCACACUCGCUGGGAAAGCAGUGAGAAAAUCAAGAAAAAGAGAGCUCUGUUUUGUUGGCAGGCUUUACAUAACGCAGCAUCUCAAGCGUUCGCUCUUCUGUGUGGCCAGCCUGUGCGCUGACCUUUCCAGGACAGUUUUAAUGGUACAUCUGUGGCGCCAUCCGUUCAUGUGUCAAACCAUGUCUCCCAAAUUUUGGGUCUAGAAAAUUUCUCAGUUGCCACAAAUGUUUUCCCUGUCAAGAUGAAACACUUUCAAAUGAAAGUAGUUAGAACUUUGCAUAACAAAUGUGGUGCUUUAUUAUUAGUAGUAUUCGUAGUUUUAUUAGUAUUAUCAUGUAUUUCAGUGCUCAUUCUUAAAACUACUGCAAUACUAUAUCAUCAAAAUCUGGGAUGUUCCACCCAUCAUAAGGUCCAAAAGAGAAAGUGUUACUUUCCUGUUAGUGACAUGUAGUCCCUUUGUUCUAGUAGAAAAAAAAAAAAAAGGUGCCUCGAGAUAGUAUUUAGAGUAAAUCUGUUCCAUUGGCCUACUUCCUGCAGCUUCCGAUUUAUCUAAGGAAAUGUUUAUAACGAUUUUGUUCCAAGUCUUUGUUCUAGUCAAUGGCAGGAGAAGUCCUUGUUAUCGGGCUGAUUUUGCUUUUACAUCGACCAGAGAAAUGUCACGUAAUACUCAGGCCGAGCUUUCUCUUCCAUCAUCCCACCUUCAAGGAAUGUCAAUAAACACUUUGGUAUGGCA